CAUACUUACGCCGCCCUUUUCUGCCCAUAUAUGGUCAGUCUGGCGGUUUGGUGUUCGGCUACAUCCACCCGGCAAAAAAGUGGACACGAGACGUCGGUGUGCUCCCGGAGACCAGUGAAACUCGUUAUCAAAGCCUUACACAACCAUGCCAUCCGACCUAGCCAAGAAGAAGGCAGCGAAGAAGAAGGAGGCCGCCAAAGCUCGCCAGCGUACAAAGAAACCCGAUGAGUUAAAUGAGGAAGGAGAUCAGCCGGAGACCCAGAGCAAUGGAGCAGAGAGCAACGGUAUCGCCAGUUUGACGAAGGAGCUGGAUGAAUUCGAGCUGGCAAAGACGGAGGCACGGGCAGUGACGGGCGUUCUGGCCUCGCACCCCAACAGCACUGAUGUUCACAUUAGCAGCCUGUCGCUCACCUUCCAUGGCCAAGAACUUCUAGCAGACACCAGCCUGGAGCUUAACUCAGGCAGACGCUAUGGGCUAAUUGGCCUUAACGGCACAGGAAAAUCCAUGCUGUUGUCUGCCAUCGGGCAUCGUGAGAUUCCCAUUCCAGAGCACAUCGAUAUUUACCACUUGACCCGGGAGAUGGCCCCCAGCGAAAAGUCGGCUCUGCAGUGUGUCAUGGAGGUGGAUGAACAGAGGAUUAUGCUGGAGAAGGAGGCGGAGAGACUCGCCCAUGAGGACUCCGAGUGUGAGAAGCUGAUGGAGCUGUACGAGCGUCUGGAGGAGCUGGAUGCAGACAAGGCAGAGGUGCGAGCCUCUCGUAUCCUCCACGGUUUGGGUUUCACCGCUGCUAUGCAGCAAAAGAAACUGAAGGACUUCAGUGGAGGAUGGAGGAUGCGCGUUGCUCUGGCCAGAGCUCUGUUCAUCAAGCCCUUCAUGCUGUUGCUGGAUGAACCCACUAACCACUUGGAUCUGGAUGCCUGUGUGUGGUUGGAGGAGGAGCUCAAGUCGUUCAAGCGAAUCCUUGUGCUCAUCUCACACUCUCAAGACUUCCUGAACGGUGUCUGCACCAACAUCAUCCACCUGCAUCAGAGAAAACUGAAAUACUACACGGGUAACUAUGACCAGUAUGUGAAGACCAGAGAGGAGCUGGAAGAGAACCAGAUGAAGCGCUUCAACUGGGAACAGGACCAGAUAGCACACAUGAAGAAUUACAUUGCCAGAUUUGGUCACGGCUCUGCAAAGCUGGCGCGACAGGCGCAGAGCAAAGAGAAGACGCUGCAGAAGAUGGUGGCAUCCGGCUUGACUGAAAAAGUUGUGAAUGACAAGACUCUGUCAUUUUAUUUUCCUCCCUGUGGGAAGAUUCCUCCUCCUGUUAUCAUGGUUCAGAACGUGAGCUUCAAGUACAGUGACAACACGCCGCACAUAUAUAAAAACCUGGAGUUUGGUAUAGACUUGGAUACACGAGUGGCUCUGGUGGGACCCAAUGGAGCAGGGAAGUCCACACUGCUGAAGCUGUUGAUGGGAGAGCUCCUACCCACCGACGGCAUGAUCCGCAAACAUUCUCACGUCAAGAUUGGCAGAUAUCACCAGCAUCUGACAGAGCAGCUGGAGCUGGACCUGUCUCCUCUGGAGUACAUGAUGAAGUGUUUCCCCGAGAUCAAAGAAAAAGAGGAGAUGAGGAAGAUCAUCGGUCGCUACGGGCUGACGGGAAAACAGCAGGUCAGUCCGAUCAGGAACUUGUCAGAUGGUCAGAAGUGCCGCGUGUGUUUUGCCUGGCUGGCCUGGCAGAACCCUCACAUGCUGUUCCUUGACGAGCCCACCAAUCACUUGGACAUCGAGACCAUCGACGCGCUGGCGGAAGCCGUCAACGAGUUUGACGGCGGCAUGAUGCUAGUUAGCCACGACUUCAGGCUAAUCCAGCAGGUUGCCAAUGAGAUCUGGGUGUGCGAGAGUCAAACCAUCACAAAGUGGAACAGGGACAUCCUGGCGUACAAGGAGCACUUGAAAUCAAAGAUCGAAAAGCAAGCGCAUGACAUCUAAUAAAACAAAAAUAAAAAAAAACGAAACAUCCCACACUGAGCCACUCCUUUA